CGUUCAUCGCAUCCGCAGCCUUCGCUUUCUGCACAGCUUCGAUCUCGUGGGUUUGUGCUCGGCCAUCCUCAAUGCACCGUAAGUGUUUGUAAAAAUGCCACCUUUGCUUGCAACCAUGCGACCUCCCAUCUUCAGCUCUAUUAGAGACAUCGUCUGGAAGUGCCUGUGACUUGGGUCUUCAACUCCGUUUGAUGAUCACUGCUGAUUCACACUUCCGGCUUUGUCUUUGUUGACGAUGUUGUGCAAGAGGUGCAGCGCUGGAACUCUGAAGAACCUGUUGCGGUGUUCUGGUUUUCAAAGUCCGAUAUUCUCAUCGCUGUGCCGAAGCCAAAACCCUCCUUGCGUGUACACUCAGGUUUGCUGCUAUGUUGAUGUAUAUAUGAAAUGGAAAAAGGACUCUUACUAUGACUCCAUCGAGCAUAUCCACCAGUCCAUUGAACUUAAGCGCAUAGUUUCCUUGAAAAACUGCAUAGCCCAAGGCCCCAAUGGCUGCAUUCCCAUCUCCGACGUUUCAAAGAGAGGAUUAGAAUUUGGCAUACCCAUAAAGGUUGCGAGGUUCUUGAGGCUAUACCCAUCCGUUUUCGAGGAGUUUACUGGUCCCCAGUACAAUCUGCCUUGGUUUAGGCUAACCCCAGAAGCUGUUGAGAUAGAUAUAGAAGAACAGAGGGUGUAUGAAGAAUUUAAGGAGGAUCUGAGGAAUAGGCUGAGGAAGUUCAUACUUAUGAAUAAGAAUAGGGUUCUGCCGUUGAAGAUCAUUCAAGGGAUGCAUUGGUAUUUGGGGUUGCCUGAUGAUUUUCUCCAUGACCCUGAAAAAAAUCUGGAUGAUUCUUUUAGAGUUGUGGAUAUGGGAGAUGGCUUAAGGGGAUUAGCUGUUGAUCCUCCAGGGAGAGUCUUGUCUAUGUUGCAAAAGAAUGCCUUGAAGAGAGGAUUGGAUCAUGGAGAUUUGAUGGAGGCAAUUGAAUUCCCAUUUUUUCCCUCUAAAGGUGUAAGGAUGAGAAAAAAGAUUGAUGCUUGGUUGAAGGAGUUUCAAAAGAUGCCUUAUGUUUCCCCUUAUGAGGAUUGCUCCAACUUGGCUCCAGAUAGCAACGUAGCAGAGAAACGAGUUGUGGGCGUUCUUCAUGAAUUACUUAGUCUCUUUGUGGAGCAUUCUGCUGAAAGGAAGAAGCUUUUAUGCCUCAAAAAGUAUCUGGGUUUGCCACAGAAAGUGCAUAAGGCGUUUGAGAGGCACCCACAUGUCUUUUAUUUAUCUCUUAGGAACAGGACUUGUACAGCGAUUUUAAAAGAGGCUUACAACGACAAGAAUGCAAUAGAGAGACAUCCUAUGUUGAGAGUGAGGCAAAAGUACAUUAAGUUGGUGAAGCAGUCCGCUGUUAUUUUGAAGAAGCGACGGACAAACAACCGAGUUGUCAAAAUUGAAAAUGUGAAAGAUCUAGAUCUGGAUUCUGUGGAAGAGACAGAACUGAAAAAGCCAAGUCUACUAUGUGAAUGAUUCUCAUUGGUGGAGAGCACUGAUGGAGCUCAAAAUGCAAUAA